CGCAUAUUUUUCUUACUGUAAUUAAUUAUAAUAUAUUAUAUUUGUGUCUAAGUACGAAUAUUGUAUAUGGAAAGUGUUUUAUUAAUGUAGAAAAUGUAUAUCUAAUGAAUGAUAGAGCAUUUAUGACGUUUUGUGUACAUUUUGCUAUUGAGCAAGUUGUAAUGACAUCAGCUCUUACAUCAUAAUGUGAUAACAAAUCUCUUAUCGGUUGUUUAAUUUUAAAUGUGCAAUUGUUUGCGUAAAAAUGUAAAACAAACAUAAGAAUAAGAUUUAAGAAUAACUAAAAAUAAGAAUUUUUUUAUGUUGUUUAUGUAUCAAAAAUUAUCAUAUUGCACAGUCAUGCUAUGUAGAUGAUGCUUAGUUCAUCUUGCACGGAUGUUUCUGAUUCAUGUAAUUCUUCUUCGUUAUGUAUGUAUACGACGUAUAUAUUAGCAAUAUCACGUUAAUGUUAUUGUACAAGUGGCGUGGAAGUCACGCGAUUGCUUGUGACUAUAAAUUCCUUCUAUAAAAUUCUGUAUGAUUAAUCCUCCUUGAGCGGUAGUGAUGGUUGCAACUAGGCCGAUUGAGUAAUGGCUCGCGUCCAAUACUCGUUUAUUUUGUGGAGUGCAUUAGCUCUAGAUUCUAGAAGAUCGGUGUAGAGUUCUAGUGUCGAAGUGAGGUCUGGUGAGAACUGAUAAAAAUUGAUCAACAUGGCAGAGAUAUGGUUGGAUUUUACGCCGAUAUAUGAUGAUGCUACUACAAAAUGCUUUGAAAAUGAAUUCGCAAGACUUAAAAGCGAGUGCUAUGUGGAUCAUGCGGGUGCUACUCUGUAUUCGGAUACGCAGAUCAGAAACGUCAGUGCUGAUCUGCAUGGCUCUCUUUAUGCUAAUCCGCACUCUGUCGGUAUCGCGAGUUCAUCGACACAGGAUAUUAUCGAGCGCACGAGAUACCGGGUUUUGAGUCACUUCAACACGACACCCGAUGAAUACAGCGUUAUCUUUACAUCAGGCGCCACAGCGAGUCUAAAGAUAAUCGCAGAAUGCUUUCGUUUUAAAGCGAAUGAGAACAACGAGACAACUUCGGGGAAUUUUGUUUAUCUGCAAGAUAAUCAUACGUCAGUCCUCGGGAUGCGAGAUGUAGUCGCCGGUAGAGGCGCCGAGGUCAUUUGCCUCGGGCACGAUCAGGCGUUUCAGCUUUUCAGCCAGCAUUCGACCUCUCGCGAUCCCGAUGAAAGACAAAGCGGCAAUUCUCUCUUCGUGUAUUCCGCGCAAUGCAAUUUCUCUGGAUUGAAAUAUCCCCUGAAAUGGAUCAGAGAUGUGCAUACUGGAGCACUCUCUUCUGUCGUUAAUAAACCAUCGACUAGAUGGUAUGUUCUGUUGGACGCAGCUGGCUUCGUACCAACGAAUAACUUGGAUUUAUCUAUUUUCAAACCAGACUUUGUGUGUCUAUCUUUCUAUAAAAUGUUCGGCUAUCCCACUGGUAUUGGCGCCCUGCUGGUUAAGAAUUCCAGUUCGGAUAUCCUGCGGAAGGUUUAUUACGGCGGCGGUACCGUGGAUGUCGCCCUUAGCUCUGAAAUGUUUCACAAAAAACGUCAAGUGUUGCAUCAAAGGUUCGAAGAUGGGACCGUGCCGUUUCUAUCUAUCGCAUCGUUGCAAUACGGCUUUGAAAUAUUCUCAAAACUUACCGUAGAUCAAAUCUCAAGGCACGUUUUUUCUCUCGCCAAAAUUCUGUAUCAUUCCUUGCUAAUGUUACACCACUGUAACGGUAAACCAGUUGUGAAGUUGUACGCUGAUUCCGAUUAUGAGGAUCGCAGCUCACAAGGAGGCAUCGUUACAUUUAAUCUCAUUCGAUCCAAUGGUGAAUACGUGGGAUACAUGGAAGUCCUUAACAUGGCAGCAUUAUUCAAGAUACAUCUCAGAACAGGAUGCUUUUGUAAUCCUGGCGCAUGCCAGAGGCAUUUAUCCCUCUCAAGUGAAGAAAUUCUUCAAAACUAUGAGGCGGGAUACACGUGCGGCGGUGCCGCGGAUUUAAUAAACGGGAGACCUACUGGAGCAGUGAGGAUCUCUUUUGGAUAUAUGUCUACAAUUAAAGAUGUCCAAACAGUCUUACUUAUGAUUGCGAAGUGUUUCAUCGACGAGCCGUGUAUCAGAAAACUUCCGCAAUGGUGGGAAGAUCAUAAAGUAAAAGUUCGUAAAAAGUACAAGCACUUUUACAAUUCUAACAUUCUGGAAUAUCCAGUUCUGCGUAUUACAAAUAACGAAAAAGAUAUUAUAAGCAAUAAUUUGCGAAACAAUUUUCAUAAUAAUAGCGAAGACCCCGAUCGUGUCACAAAUUCUAUAAAUGCUGACAAAAUAAUUACAUCGGAAAAUAAAUGCACUGUGCAACGCUUAUUUAUAUAUCCUAUCAAAUCGUGUGGCGCAUAUGAGAUUACAGAUUCGUGGAAUUUGAAUUCUAAGGGUCUAGAAUAUGACAGAGAAUGGAUGAUAAUGACAUCCUCUGGCACAUGUUUAACACAAAAACAUUAUGUAAAUUUAUGUUUGGUGAAGCCUAUUAUUUUUAUAAAGGAAAAAAUUAUGAAAUUAACAUAUCCAGGAAUGCCAACCAUUGAAAUACCUUUAGAAAAUAUUUCUAAAAAGUCAAUGGAACAUCCUGUAUGUCAAAGUAGAGUAUGCGAAAGUAGAGUACAAGGUAUUGAUUGUGGAUCAGAAGUUUCUGAAUGGUUGAGUUUAGCAUUGGGCAAGCCAAAUCUCAGAUUAAUUCGACAAAGUCAUGAAAGACAAAAGAAAGGAUUAAAUGAGGCAAAAUUAUCAUUUUCUAGUCAAGCACAGUAUUUAAUAAUAAAUGAAACAAGCGUGUCAUGGCUUGUCGAUGAAGUAUCUGAUGAUUUAGAUUUUGAAAAAGAUACAGCUAUACAUCGAUUCAGAGGAAACAUUAUUAUAAAGGGUUGUAAUGCCUUUGAUGAAAUGCAAUGGCAACAGAUUCGUAUCGGAAAUAAUAAUUUUAAGGUAAAUGGCCCCUGUACAAGGUGUCAAAUGAUAUGCAUCGAUCAAACAACUGGGAAAAAGACCAUUGAGCCAUUAAGAACAUUAGACGGAAAAAUUUCAUGGAAAGUUGAGAUUUGGAGUUUACUUGACUAGAUUGGAGAGCACACAAAGUGUACUUAAGAUUGAUACAUCUUUGACCAUAUCCGCAACUGCAGCGAAAUCAGGAAAGGCUAGAGUUUGAAGCUUUGAGUAUACCUGUUCAUCAUUGACAUCCAC